AACCUCCGCUUUCAGCCUUGCUAGGUUGGAAUGGACCACCCCCCAGCCUCCAUCGCAACUCACUCACCAGACUGGAGCCAGGCAAACCCGGUUGUCCUCACUUGCUAUCUCGAAAAUAAGGCCACAAAUCACCUAAACAUGCUCCGAGAAAACACAGUCAAAAGAAGUACUUCUUAUAUCACUGCAGUAAUACCCUCGCAAACAAACAGACGAUCGCUGGGAGGAGUCAACCUCGUCACACCCGCUGUUGGGCCUCCCUCUUUCCCGACUUGAAUACUCGACCAACCCACCCUUCUCUUGGUUUUGCAAAAACCUCGUUAGGCCGACGCCGGCUUCACAAACAUGGAACCACAACCACAAGCACCAUCGUUGCCACCUCACAAAAGCACUCCGGCUCGGCGACGCGCGAGGCGACCCGUCAACUCGCCUGCGCGCAGGACCUAUGCUUCCGAGAACGAUAUGCCGAGUGAGGCCCUCUUCCCGAUCGAGCUCGCGGGGCCGUCUACCCCCCAAAAAUCGGCCUCCAACAGUCCCGUCCCGUCAUCGCAGCCCCAUCAAAAGUCGAAGGCUAGAAACGGAAACAAAGGGCGAGCAAAACAAGUAUCGUCGCCCGGGCCUGCAAAGCAAGGCCGGACAACGCCCCCGCAGACAACAGCAAUCAAACCGAUCACCGCAGCCGCCUUUGCCGGCGCAACUUUCCAUGCAUCCCCGGCGCCCGACUCCCUUCCCAUCCCAAGCUUCCUGUCGAGGGCCCUAGACUCGCCUUCGGUGCAGGAAACCGAUCACGCCAGCCGUGAGCCGUCCCCUCCUGCGACCGACUCCGAGGCCGCUCCCACGCCCCAGCACCGUCUCCUACCCACCGACGCCCCCCCGCAUGAGUCCCCUCUCGAUAUUUUCUUCCGGGCCGACAGGGCCGAGAAGGAGCGGGCGCGCAGGGCAAGUUCCGCCAACAUCCUCGGGUCGCAGCCGGUUCCGUUUUCUCCUCCCUCCCAGAUCCGUUCUCCGACAGAACCGAAGACGCUGCCCGGGGCAAUGUUCAGCGCUGGCAACCGUCGCCCCUUUCCCCAACGCAAUCCUUCAUCCGGUAUCCCCACCAGCGAGCUCGACGGCGUGCCGAGCUCAGUGAUUGGCCCGGCGCUCUCCAAGCCUUUCCAGGAACGGAUUCGAGAGGCUCGAUCCAGCAAGAAGCAGCCCGAGCCCGCACAAAACCCUUUGCCAUCUCCGCAGGACCAGGCGGCAAUGGAUAUGAGCGAGAGGUUAAAGAGGUUCCUGGCUAUCCCUCCGAACUCAAGCGAACGGGCUCCUCCUCUGGGGCAUUCGGCGGUCCAAACGGCGCACCAGACGGCGCCCCAGCCCUCGUAUCCCUUCUUGUCAGGUGGUCACCCCCCGCAGCCCGCCAAUUUCCUGCCCCCCUUCUCAGCAGGAGGCCAAUCAUCGAGGUCCACCAGUAUGGUCUCUCCCUUCGCCCCGGAGGCUGCCCCAGGCAUCUCGCCGCCGGCAUCGUCGAGCGGCACGCCUCCGGCCACCAACAACCCGACGGAUGGCCGGUCAGCCGACCUCUUGCACAUGGAGGACAACCUGCGGCGCAUGCUAAAGAUGAAUUCUGGGCCGGCCCCGGCAACGCCGCCGCGUCCUAAUUAUCGGAGUUCUUGACACCGGCCGGGGCCGGACCUGCGGGGCCAAGUUCUUCCCCAGCGGAGGGGAAGUAAACAAAGCUAUAUUUGCGACAGCUUUC